GAGAGCCUAGCGGUGGGGAAAAGGCCUGAGGACCCUGUUGACUUGGUGCCAGAAGGGGAGAUAAUUUUGAGCAUAAACGUUCUCUACCCUGCCAUAUUUGAGAGAUUUAGGUAUGUGAGGCCCCACAUGACCCUUCAGAUGCUGGGCUCCCAUAGUCUGGUGGACCUGAGGGAUGCUAUCUGCUGUAUCAGCGACCUUCAGGUCUGAGAGUUCAGCAACACGCCUGACAUGGCACCGGACUUCAUCAGCAAGGAUCACUUCAAAUCCGCCUUCUUCUACUUUGAAGGAGUCUUCUACAAUGACAUGCGUCACCCUGAGUGUCAGGACAUGAGCGAGACCACCAUUGAUUGGGCAAAGACCAGAGACUUCCCCACAUUCCACAAGGCCAAUAUGGAGGACACCAGGUUCUAUGACCUGAAGGUGAAGGUGGGCUACCCCUACCUCUUCUGUCACCAGGGAGACUGCGAGCACGUUGUCAUCAUCACCGAUAUCAGACUGGCUCAUAAGGAUGACUGCCUGGAUAGGAAGUUGUACCCUCUCCUUACCCACAAGCACAGGGUCAUGACCAGGAAGUGCGCCGUGUGUCACGUCUACAUCGGCAGAUGGUUAACCACAAAUGAUCCAUUUGCUCCAAAUGACCCGUGUCUCUUCUGUGAGCGAUGCUUCCGCAUGCUUCACUACGACAAGAAAGGAAACAAACUAGGACAGUUCCUGGCCUACCCUUAUGUGGACCCUGGGGCCUUCAACUGAGACGUCCUGUUUCUCCCUCCUACUGCUGGGCAGUAUUAGUAAUGGCACAUAGGGCACAUAUUUCUGUUGGCAUUAAAGCACUUUAUUUACUGUUC